CAUUGCAUUUUAAAAUGGACUUUUAUGUGGUGAUAUCGUUUCAUCUGGGUAAGGGACGAAUAUACGGUGUUCGCAGAGUAUGUUAGGCGCGAUCAGAUUGGAUUUAGUAGUCUCACACUUGCUUGGCUGAGUGGAGUGAGUGGUAGCCAGUCAUUCAGACUUGCAUACGAACGUUGUAGUUGUGGUAAUUAAAAGUGAGUCUGGCGCCAAAAGUGCCUAGUUCCAAACAAAAAUGCGAUCAAAUUGGAUAAUUUGGACCAGCAGUGUUCUGUUCGCAGCUUUCUUUACUCUAGUCACAUUACAACCUAUUGAUGAUUUUGCGGAUCUUCGGGGACCAUACUGUGAACAAAUCGGAUGCUGUACAAGUAGACAAGACACCUGUUCAAAACCUAUAAUAGGAACGUUAUGCUACUGUGAUGAUUUCUGUAACAGAACAGACGUGCACGACUGUUGUCCCGAUUUUUGGUCUUACUGCAGAGGAAUAGACCUUCCAACUCCUCUACCUCCCACAACACCAAGACCUCCUCCAGAGGAAGUAAGGUCAUGUUUCCAUGAAGGCAGGGUAUUUUUUCUUAACCAAACUUCAAAAAAUAAUUGCAACGAAUGUCGAUGUGCACAAGUUGGCAGCUCUCUCGAGAUGUUGUGUGAAAGAAACGUUUGCCUUAUUGAGCCUGAUAUUGUUUACAACGUAAAUGCAGAUUUUCGUCAUGGCUGGAGAGCAUCAAACCACUCAAAGUUCUGGGGCAGAACACUUGGCGAUGGCAUUAGGCUGAGAUUGGGAACAUUACAACCUCAGAAAGACGUUAUGAGAAUGAAUCCGGUAAAAAGAUACUACGAUCCAGCCAGUUUACCUAGACAAUUUGACAGUUCCGUCAAUUGGCCUAGGUACAUUACAGGUAUUCAAGAUCAGGGAUGGUGCGGCUCCUCUUGGGCUGUAUCAACAGCUGCUGUGGCUUCCGAUAGAUAUGGAAUUAUAUCUAAAGGCAAGGAGGAAGUACAAUUAAGUGCCCAAAAUAUCAUUUCUUGUAUACCAAGAUCAAAAGGUUGUGAAGGAGGACGGCUUGAUAGAGCUUGGACCUUUGUAAGAAAAUAUGGAGUUGUUGAUGAACCAUGCUUCCCAUAUACCGGUUCAAAUUAUACCAGAUGUUCUAUCAGGAGGAUAGGUUCCUUGGCAGAAGCUCAUUGUAUUCCUCCUAGGUACAGCGAACGUACUGGACGAUACAAAGUUGGUCCAGCUUAUAGGUUAGGAAAUGAGACCGAUAUUAUGUACGAAAUUCUAAGAUCUGGACCAGUUCAAGCUACAUUAAAGAUCUAUCAUGAUUUCUUCUCCUACACUGGAGGUAUUUAUAAACAUACUGAUUUGUCUCUGGCUCAUCAGCAAGGGUAUCAUUCGGUGAGGAUUGUUGGUUGGGGAGAAGAAUUUACUUCUAAUGGUUUGCAGAAAUAUUGGAAAGUUGCAAAUAGUUGGGGUACCGACUGGGGUGAGGCGGGGUACUUCAGAAUUGUAAGAGGUGUCAACGAAUGUGAUAUAGAAGCUUUUGUGCUGGCUGUGUGGUCUGAAGUUGAUAGACGAAUCUUGGUAUCUAACGGUAUAUAAAGCUAAGCACAAUUUCAACAAGGUUUACAUUUUUAGCUUAUGUAGCUAUAAAACUAUUUUUGUACAGAUCUUUUUAUUCAUAGUAAUUUUUUUAAGUUUUUUGUUUACAAUCAAAGCUGUUUAUUCGCUAUAUAUAUUUUUAAUAUGCCCAUUUUUACCAGUCAUAUACAUCAAAAACAUAUUUAAAGGUACCUACUAAAGUGUUUCAAACUAAAGUUUCUGUAUAUUGGUUGUAGAAAGUGCGUAUAUUAAUUUAAUAUUCAUUAUAUAUUUAUGAAAUAUAUUCUCUCCCGCCAAAUAGAGGGCUUUGACUGUAAGGAAAAUUACCCGAAAAUAUUAGAGUUACUGCCAUUUUUAAAACGAGUGACGCAAAAACAUGUGUUUUUGAUCUGAUGUGUUCUUCUUUUAACUGCCAUACAGAAUUGUGUUCAGAUGAGAAGCGCACUGUUGAUAAUUCGAGUACAUUUAUUUAUUUUUAUUUUUUAUUAUAUGUAUUAUGUAUUGAUUUUCGACGGAAAUAAGGAUACACUUAUAGUGUGCAGCGGUAUAUAAAUAAUGCGUAUUCAUCAGAUAUUUUUAAUAGAUUUUUUAAAUUAUAUUAUUGCUGAACAGUUUUUUUCUUUCAGCAUUAUACAUUGUGUAUUUUUAAUUUAAAAAUUUUAUUUCAUUAGUACAUAGAUAAUUUAAUAACAUAUAACUGUAAUAUGUAUUCAAAAUAGUUUUGUAUAUAAAAUAAAUUUACAAUAUAAAUCCAGUACAUCUAACUACUAAAUUCAAUUUGACAAAAAAAAAAUACAAAAAAUAAGAUUUUUUUAAUAUUAUAUUUUUAUAUCUACUUAUUACAGUUCUCCUGUACGAAUAAUUUUCAUUAAGCCUUCAAUGUUAUUAUUUUUGAUAGCUGUCCUGCAAUGGUUGAUCAUAACUGCCGAAUUUUGUCCAACUAAAAAGUUAAUAUUUAUAUGUAAAUGUGUAAUAAAAAACAUUUUGUAAUA